GGAGCUCUGCUAUCACCUUCUCCCCAGGGUGUUUUUGCCCACUAUAAAAUAAAAUAAAUCUACGACCGUUCAUGUUUCUUCCUCCUGAUGAGGAAACUGAGGCGCGGGAAGGGGAAAUGAAGCCAAGACAAAACAAAAAUCCCCCAAGAUCUUACGGGAAGUCGGGAGUCACUCUGGCUCCCAGUCAGCAUCUCUGCCUUCUCUCCCUGAAGAAUUCGCUAUUUAUAGCUCUGCUUUGCUCCGUUAGAACAUAAUCAAAACCAUCCUCUCUCCAUAUGAGAACUCAUCCAGCGGCACUGACCCUCCCUAGGGGAAAACUUCCCAAGAUUUGCAAUUCAGCCGUCCGAAAACGCCUCUGCAACGGGAAACUGGGAAACUUCCACCGCACGGUUCCCGCUCAGCCCGGGGCUGCUCGGCACAACCCGGGCUCCCUCCCCCGCUACCGAGGAGGUGUUUUGGGCACAACCCGGGCUCCCUCCCCCGCUACCGAGGAGCUUUGCUCGGCUCAACCCCCCCCGAGUCAUUUCCUGCUUUCUCGGGGACCGAAAGUCCCGCGGAGCAGGAGCGGAGCCGCUCCGGCAGCCGACACCCAGCGGAGAACGAUGAACUUCUGCAUCGCGGUGCUCCUGGUCCUUCAGUCCUUGCCGGGGAAGGCGGAGGUUGAAGAUGAGGAGGAGAUCGCACCGGAUUUAUUUGAAUACAUGACUCAUUUAAGUAAUUACUAUUAUUCCACAGAAGAUUAUUACUAUGACAACACCACAGCAACCCCUGCCACGUACGUGUACGAGUUUGAUUCAUACGAGACAAACAUCACUGGAGACAUGGAUUAUGAGCAGCUUUUUCCAGAAUGGAAUGCCACCACUGAGGUUUCAGGAUUACCAGACACAAAUGCUCCAGGGGAUGCUAAGGACACUCAGGAUUUUCAGGAGUCAUUGGGAUCAUCCCUGCAGGGCCACCUCACCCUCAUCAUCCUCCUCAGCUUCCUGGGUCUCCUGCUAUGACCCCCAGACUCCUCCUCCAAAGGUACUCUGGGAUUUCAACACUCACUCAAAGUGUGUCCUUUACCCAGGGAAAUCCAAUUCUUUCUGAAGCAGCAACUUUCCAGAACAAUGGGAAGAUAAGAAGCCCUUCCAGGCAGAUAACAGCCUGUCCAGCUGUGACCCCAGUGAUGGCCUGGAGAGGCUUUCCAGGGCGUUUUCCCAAUGACCUUGGUAUUCAGUGGGACCUUCACUGCUGUGAGCAACCAGGCACCUCCAGCCAAACAUCCUGUUCCAUAAAACCCUGGGAUGGUUUGGGCUGGGAUGAACCUCACAGACCAGCUGGUUCCACCUUCCUGCCCAGGUUCCUCCAAAGCUCCAUCCCACCUGGCCAAGCUUUCCCCACUGGAGCUCUCCAACAUCCCAGGAACACUCCAAGCCCUGUCCCACCACACUCUGCUCACCUUUUUCCCUCGUUCCAGGCUUUGUGGCUGGGAUGGUGACCAGGACAUUGUCAGGUGUUGAUGAUGAAAUCCUCUCCACGAGGUGUUGUCUCUGUUCCAGAACUGCUGAGAUUUUUUGUCUGAAGGUUUUGGUGAGAGCAACUCAGCAACCCUUCAGUCCUUUCCUGUUUCCUUGGAUUCUGAUGUAAAUAAGAACUUCUGCCAAUAAAAUCCCCAACACCUGGUGCACGGUCUCUCAUGGUAAAUAAUCCAGAACUGGAAUAACAAAUGCAAACAAUGUGUGCAGUGCUUGUCCCAUCAAAAGGAUCUUCUCGAGCCUCUAAACCCAGCCAGGAGCUUCCAACUUUGUUUCUUCCAGAACUGCUUAUUUUCCAGAAACACCCACAAUAUCUGGGAGAAGAUGGACCAGAAAACCUCCUACCACCCCAACCCUGCCAUGGAGAGCAAACCAUCACAGAAAUGGAUGGUUUUGGUCAGGAAAUCAGAGUUAAAUUCCUUUUUGGGGAAGAAAAAAGCGCAAUCCCACACUCGGCGCCUAUGUUGCUUCUCCUUGGGAGAGUUAACAGGAAAGAGAGAUGGAAAACCGGCCCAGGUGUACCCAGGACAAAAGAGGUUGAGUCAAGGGAUGUUGAGUCAAGCCAACAGGAGACUCGUGGUGGUCACAAAUCCCCAGAGCCCACGGAUCCCUCCUGACACCUCCCACAUCCCGGGGGAAUCUCCCGAGCCGCCAGGGCAGGUACGACCCAUCCAUCCCGCCCACCUCGGAGCAGCGGGGCAGCCCAGCAUUCCCAGGAUAUCCAGGCCCCCAGGCUUGGAAAGAAGAAAAGUUUUGUUUCCUACAAAGGCUCGAAGCGGGUUCCGAGCGAGACCGGAUGCGCUGCCUGGCAGUGCCACCUCCUGGCUCUGUGCUGCCAUGAAGGUGGAUUGAGAAAAGCCAAGAACGCCCCGGAAAAUGAUUCAGGAUCACACAGCACUGAGAUUUCCAACCCUGGAGUGAAGUAAAAAGCAAUUAAAGGAAAAUAAAAGGUGUGGAUGAAGGUUAUGAGUUUAUUUCUACAAACCAUCCCUCUAAUGCAGAUACAGAAAAUAAAGCAGUUUGUUGUAACCUGACCUAACUAUAAAUUGAAUCACUCCCAGAGCAAAUCCUCAAACCAAACCCUCACCUUCCAGCAGUGUUUUGGGACAGCAAUGUCCAAACACACCA